AGGCAAGGCCGAUCUUUGACAAGGAAAAUGGCUGUCGUUCAUUUGUGUAUUUUAGCGCUGUUUGUGGCUUCCACAAAAAGCACCAGCAUGUAUAAUAUGUAUUCCAACAUGAUCAUGCUUGAUGGGAAAGGAAAUUACAAUGUUUCCUACAACUACAACGAGUCCGCAGACACACUGCAGUUUAUGGUACAAGUGAGAACCGCAGGUUGGGUUGGUUUCGGUGUCGCUGAAGUGGCUCCAAAUGGAAUGAUGUAUUAUGAUGUGGCAAUAGGAGGGGUAACAAAUAACGGAACGAGCUAUCUGCAGGACUACCUCACAGUUGGCCAGACACAACCACGACUAGAUACCCAACAAGAUUGGAUGCUCAUGAACGCUACGGAGGAGAAUAACAUCACAACGAUAAAGUUUUACCGCAUGAGAAACACCACUGAUCUACAAAAUGAUACCGCUAUUCCGAAAGGAAUGUCCAUUUCUAUUGUAUGGGCAUAUCAUCCCAUGAGCGACAAGCUUCAACAUCAUGGCAGGGACUAUAGAGGGGUUUACAAUAUCACCCUCAUCCCGGUUAUCACUCCAACGCCGACAAUAAUGAUGGCACCAUCCACAGCUGUAGUCCAGCCAGUGCUACAUUCCGACCUGACUAUGCUCGAUGGCAAGGGAAACUACAAUGUUUCCUACUUUUACAACGCAGCCUCAGACAAAUUGGAGUUUAUGGUGCAAGUGAGAACCACAGGUUGGGUUGGUUUCGGUGUUGCUUUAGUGGCUCCAAAUAUGAUGAAUUAUUAUGAUGUGGCAAUAGGAGGAGUAACAGAUAACGGAACGAGCUAUUUUCAGGACUAUCUUACAGUUGGCCACGUGCAACCCCGACUGGAUACCCAACAAGACUGGAUGCUCAUGAACGCCAGUGAAGAGAACAACGUGACGACGUUAAAAUUUUACCGCAUGCGAAACACCACUGACCUUCAAAAUGAUACCGCUAUUCCGAAAGGAAUGCCAAUUUAUAUCGUAUGGGCAUAUCAUCCCAUGAGCGACAAGCUUCAAAAACAUGGCAAUGAAUACAGAGGGUUUUACAACGUCAUCCUCAUCCCGGUUAUCACUCCAACGCCGACAAUAAUGAUGGCACCAUCCACAGCUGUAGUCCAGCCAGUGCUACAUUCCGACCUGAUUAUGCUCGAUGGCAAGGGAAACUACAAUGUUUCAGGGUUUUACAACGUCACCCUCAUCCCGGUUAUCACUCCAACGCCGACAAUAAUGAUGGCACCAUCCACAGCUGUAGUCCAGCCAGUGCCACAUUCCGACCUGAUUAUGCUCGAUGGCAAGGGAAAUUACAAUGUUUCCUACUAUUAUAACGCAGCCUCAGACAAAUUGGAGUUUAUGGUGCAAGUGAGAACCACAGGUUGGGUUGGUUUCGGUGUUGCUGAAGUGGCUCCAAAUAUGAUGAACUACUAUGAUGUGGCAAUAGGAGGAGUAUCAGAUAACGGAACGAGCUAUCUGCAGGACUAUCUUACAGUUGGCCGCAUGCAACCCCGACUAGAUACCCAACAAGAUUGGACGCUCACGAACGCGAGUGAGAAGGACAAUGUGACAACAUUGAAAUUUUAUCGCCUGCGGAACACCACUGACCUUCAAAAUGAUACGGCUAUUCCGAAAGGAAUGCCAAUUCAUAUCGUAUGGGCAUAUCAUCCCAUGAGCGACGAAUUGCAACCCCAUGGCAUGAACUAUAGAGGGGUUUACAAUAUCACACUUAUUCCUGGUGUUACUCCCACGGCACCAAUGACGAUGACACCAACAGUUUCAGCUGUAGCGACUGCCUCUAUGCCGGUCAUGCCUGUGCAAGCAACCUUUCUCAAUCUCCAAGAUGGAAAUUAUAAUGUCUCCUGGAUGUACAACAGUAGCAUGGACACGAUACAUUUUACAGUAGAAGUGAGAGCUACAGGAUGGAUCGCGUUUGGUGUUGCAACAACAGCUCCGACUAGCAUGAUGGGAUACGAUGUGGCCAUUGGAAAAGUUGAGGGUGGAAUAGGAAGCUUGGAGGAUCGUCAAACACUCGGUUUCCAAGCACCUGACAGGGAUGCUCGUCAAGACUGGAUGUUGACCUACUCUAGUGAACAUAACGGUAUAACAAAGUUGAAGUUUUAUCGCAAGCUCAACACCAACGACGAAAAGGAUGUUGUUAUUCAGCAAGGAAUGUCAAUUUACAUUGUGUGGGCAUAUUCUCCAACCAACGAUGCACUUGCACAGCACGCUGGUAAUAAUAGAGGUUAUCAACAAGUGACACUUGUACCAGCUGGUAUGACUCCGACGACCCCAACCCCGACAGCAGUUUCAGCAGUAGCGACUGCCUCUAUGCCGAUCAUGCCUGUGCAACCAACCUUUCUGAAUCUCCAAGAUGGAAAUUAUAAUGUCUCCUGGAUGUACAACAGUAGCAUGGACACGAUACACUUUACAGUAGAAGUGAGAGCUACAGGAUGGAUCGCGUUUGGUGUUGUAACAGCAGCUCCGACUGGCAUGAUGGGAUACGAUGUGGCCAUUGGAAAAGUUGAGGGUGGAAUAGGAAGCCUGGAG